AUGAGGAUGAAGACUGAGCUGCAUGCUGAAUGCUCUGAGAACACCGGCGUCUGGGUCUCCUCCCAUCACCUGCAAGCUCCGGAAGGUGGCAGGCAGGGCCUCCGUGUCAGGGACUCGGGGUGUGAGCUCGGGUCUCCUCUGGCAGCCCCCCUCUUCCUGCUGAGCCUGCUGUUGCCACCCCUGAGUCUGGCAGCCCCCAUCUCCCCAGCUGAGCCCAUCAGCCAAGCCUACAGCCUGGCCCUCUACAUGCAGAAGAACACGUCGGCGCUGCUGCAGACCUACCUCCAGUACCAGGGCAGCCCUUUCAGUGACCCUGGCUUCUCGGCCCCUGAGCUCCAGCUCAGCAGCCUGCCUCCUGCCGCAGUCCCCUUCAAGAUCUGGCAUGCCCUGGAUGACGGGGAGCGGCUGAGCCAUGCCCAGGGAGCCUUCCUGGCCUUGACCCAGCACCUCCAGCUCGUGGGAGACGACCAGAUCGACCUGAAUCCUGGUAGUCCUAUACUGCUGGCCCAGCUCGGAGUUGCAAGACUAAGGGCCCAAGGUCUGCUGGGCAAUAUGGCCGCCAUCAUGAAUGCCCUGGGACUGCCUGUUCCCCCAGAAGAGGACACGCUCGGUCUUGUCCCUUUUGGGGCCUCUGCCUUUGAGAGAAAAUGUAGAGGGUAUGUAGUGACCAGGGAAUAUGGCCACUGGACAGACCGAGCUGUGAGGGAUUUGGCUCUGCUCAAGGCCAAGUAUCCAGUAUGAAGGGUAGGACCUCCAGGCAGAGGCUGC